AGACAAAACCGGCCUUCUCUUUGGUCUAUUACGCCCUAAGAGGCCGUCUGCUAACUCCCCUAACCGCGAUCCGCGCCCCUUCCCUUCCUCAGAUUCUGCCUCCUUCCCUCCUCCAUAGCUCCAGGCGUCCUCGGGGUUUUCCCUCUUUUAGAACAGGAAGGGCUGCGGAGGACUAGACUGGGGAGAGAGGUGACCGACCAUCUGUGCACAUCCCAGAGUAGAAUCAUGCUUUCUUUUGCUUAACUCUUCUUCGAGCUCCUCCUGAUCCAUCUCAUCGAAUUUCCUCAACUGACUUUAGAACAGUCAUCUCAGCCUCACACAUCACCUGGGGCUCUGAUUGUUCAUCUCUUAGUUUCUCCAGAAAUGAAAGGGCCCCCUACUAAAUUACCUGCUAGCACUGUUAGUGCCCCUACUGCGAUACAAAUUCUGAGCUCAUACACAACGCUGAAAUUACACAGAAAGAGCCUUAAACACCCAGGUGACUAGUGCAAUCAGCCCUGCAGAUCCAGGCCCCAAACUUCAGACAGCCUCCAUGCCCCCAACCCCACAGGAGGCAAGGGGCAGCAGAAGCUGAGGCCUGAAGCAUCUCCAGAAUGCAAGGCCUAAGAGGGUGCUGCUGCUGUCUCUACUUCAGACCAGGCAGCAGUCAGGACUGUCCACCCUGCCGCAUCUCAGAGCAGAAGUGUGAGCUCAGCUUGCUUCAGAGCUUUCCCACCAUGAUCUCCAAGAAGAUGGUGAAUUCUGUGGAAGGGUGUGCUGAUGAUGCCCUGACUGGGGUAGUGGCCUCUAACCCUGACUUGCAGCUCCUGCAAGGACACCGUGUAGCCCUACGUUCUGACCUGGACAGCCUCAAGGGCCGGGUAGCACUUCUGUCAGGUGGAGGCUCAGGCCAUGAGCCUGCCCAUGCCGGUUUUAUCGGGAAGGGAAUGCUGACAGGUGUCAUUGCAGGAUCUGUGUUUGCCUCUCCUCCUGUGGGCAGCAUCCUGGCAGCCAUUAGAGCUGUGGCCCAGGCAGGCACAGCGGGCACCCUCCUCAUUGUGAAGAACUACACUGGGGAUCGGCUCAACUUUGGACUUGCCAUGGAGCAGGCCAAGGCCGAGGGCAUCUCUGUGGAGAUGGUGGUAGUUGAGGAUGACAGCGCCUUCACUGUCCUCAAGAAGACAGGCCGGCGUGGCCUGUGCGGCACAAUACUUAUCCACAAGGUGGCAGGUGCUCUGGCUGAGGAAGGUAUGGAGCUGAAGGAGAUCACAAAGAGGGUGAGCAUGAUCGCCAAGACCAUGGGUACCCUGGGGGUGAGUUUGUCUUCCUGCAGUGUCCCUGGUGCCACACGCACCUUUGAGCUUGCAGCUGAUGAAAUGGAGCUAGGCCUAGGGAUCCAUGGGGAAGCUGGUGUUCAACGGAUAAAGAUAGCACCUGUUGAUCAGAUUGUCACUCUUAUGCUUGACCACAUGACAAACACCUCCAAUGUAUCCCACGUAUCUGUAAAGUCAGGAUCUUCAGUGGUGCUGAUAGUCAACAAUCUGGGUGGCCUGUCUUUCCUGGAACUGAGCAUCAUAGCUGAUGCUGCCAUACGCUUGCUGGAGGGCCGUGGGGUGAAGGUCGCCCGUGCCCUGGUGGGGACCUUUAUGUCAGCGCUAGAGAUGCGUGGUGUUUCCCUUACUUUGAUGCUUGUGGAUGAACCCCUGCUGAAGCUAAUAGAUGCUGAAACUACUGCAAAAGCCUGGCCUCACAUGACCAAGGUCUCUGUGACUGGGAGGAAUCGGAUUCGGGCAGCUCCUAUAGAGCCUCCAGAAGCCCCUGAAGCCACUGCAGCAGGAGGUGUAGCAUCAAAGCAGAUGACACUCGUGCUGGAUCGGGUAUGCACCACCCUCAUCGGACUGGAGGAGCACCUGAAUGCCUUGGACAGGGCUGCUGGUGAUGGAGAUUGUGGUUCUACCCAUAGCCGUGCUGCCAAAGCCAUUCAGGGCUGGCUAAAGGAAGGCCCAACUCUAGCCAGCCCUGCCCAGGUACUCUCCAAACUGUCUGUCCUGCUGCUGGAGAGGAUGGGAGGCUCAUCUGGGGCGCUCUAUGGCCUGUUCCUGACUGCAGCUGCCCAGCCUCUCAAGGCCAAGACUGACCUCCCAAACUGGUCUGCUGCCAUGGAUGCCGGCCUAGAUGCCAUGCAGAAGUAUGGAAAGGCUGCACCAGGAGACAGGACAAUGCUGGAUUCUCUGUGGGCAGCAGCGCAGGAGCUCCAAGCCUGGAAGAGCCCAGGGGCCAGUCUCCUCCCAGUCCUGACUAAAGCAGUCAAGAGUGCUGAAGCUGCAGCCGAGGCCACCAAGAACAUGGAAGCCGGUGCUGGGAGAGCUAGUUAUAUCAGCUCUGCACAACUAGAUCAGCCAGACCCUGGAGCAGUCGCAGUUGCUGCCAUCUUCCGUGCCAUCCUGGAGGUCUUGCAGACACAGGGAGCAUAACUGCUCUCCUCUUCAGUUCCUCUCCCUGUUUGUUACUUCCUCUUGCCUUCAGAUGGUCACCUCCCUCCCUCACCCUGACACCCAUCCUCUGCAUGGAGCAGGACAUCCUUUCCCACCUCCAGAACUGUUCCAUGAAGAUAGUACUGGCUGGGUGGGUCACAUGCCCGGGCAGCACUGUUCUUUUUCCCUCCUCAGGAAGAGGAGUCCCUCAGAUCUUGUCCACCCCACCCUAACCAGCUCUGGAUGUCAGUGAUUUGGCUUUUCCUCAGUACAACAUAGCCUCUAACUGGGUAUACCCAUUUGGUUUCAAGAUUCCAGGCCUCUUCCUCUGGAAGGCCUCCUAUACCCAGCCAGUAUAUGAAAGAAAGCUAAUAAAAUCCAUUGAAGCCAUA